GAUGUUCACACGUUCAGACUGAGGAAGUCGAUGAUGUGUAUUUUGUACACAGCUGUACACUUAAUGGAGAACAAGUUAACAGCCGUCCAGCUUUUAAUGUAACGUUGUCGGUGUUUUGGAGUUUCAGCGACAGCUCGCGAGCUGACCUAGUUAUCGUUAGCUAACUUACGAGCUGUAAAAGUUUUGUACCUGAGCUGAAUUUCCUCGGUAGUGUAAGUAGGUACCAGCUGUCAUGUUGCCCGGGUUUUCUCUCCUGUCAGCCGCCCCUCGGCUCUCCUGGCGGGGGUGGAUGUCCGCGGGCAACCGUACCACCAGAGGAUGGAGGGUUUAACCGGGGAUCAACAUGGCUGCUGUGACGGUGUGUCGUGUCAGCGGCCGUUUCCUCGGAGGAUGGGGCCCGCUGCUGUGUGUCCUCCUCGGCUCUCUGGUGGCCGUCCUGAUGCCCCUGGUGGGGCUGGAGGACCACCAAUGCUGCGCCGCCCUGAAGGGCUUCGCCCAGCUCCGCUGCCAGCUGUGGGGGAGCCCCGAGCAGCCUCCAGCUGUGCAGUCUACCAGCCUCACUGUCCCCUUUACUGCCCUUGAUCUGCUGCCUCUGAGGUCCAAGCCGAGCAAAGAGAUGGAGCUGGAGGCCAAAGCAUCGCUGCAGCUGGCUCUGGAGAUGAAGAAAGUGGGCAAGAGAGAGAAGGCUCACAAGCUGCUGGUGCAUGCACUCAGCAUGAAUCCAGACUUUGUGGAUGCCCUAACGGAGCUGGGGACGAUUCUGGAGGAGGAGAAGGAUGUGGUCCAGGCCGACCACCUCUACACCAAGGCCUUGGCCAUCUCACCAUGUAAUGAAAAGGCUCUAGUGAGCCGGGACCGAACUCUUCCCUUGGUGGAAGAGAUUGACCAGCGCUACUUUAGCAUCAUUGACAGUAAAGUGCGCCGGCUUAUGUCCAUUCCUAAAGGCAACUCGGCACUCCGCCGGGUGAUGGAGGAAACCUACUACCACCACAUCUACCACACGGUGGCCAUCGAAGGCAACACACUCACUCUGUCUGAGAUCCGUCACAUCAUCGAGACGCGUUAUGCCGUCGAGGGGAAGAGCCUGCAGGAGCAAAACGAGGCCAUCGGUGUGGAUGUGGCCAUGAAGUACAUCAACACCACGCUGUUAUCCAGAACAGGAUCUAUGACUGUCAGUGACAUCCUGGAGAUUCACAGACGGGUACUUGGCUACGUCGACCCUGUGGAGGGAGGGAGGCUGCGCACCAACCAGGUGUUUGUGGGCCACCACAUCCCUCCACACCCUCAGGACCUGCAGAGACACAUGCAGGAGCUGGUUCAGUGGCUCAACUCUGACGAGGCCCUACAGUUGCACCCUGUGGAGUACGCCGCUCUCGCCCACUACAAACUGGUGUACGUGCACCCUUUCGUAGAUGGCAACGGACGCACGUCAAGGCUGCUCAUGAACCUCGUACUCAUGCAAGCGCGAUACCCACCGAUCACUAUUCGCAAAGAACAAAGGGCUGAGUAUUACGCAGCUCUAGACACGGCCAAUGAGGGUGAUGUACGGCCUUUCAUCCGCUUUAUAGCCAAAUGUACAGAGAUGACAUUGGACACGUUGUUGAUUUCUACAACAGAGCACGCUGUGGGGCUGCCGGGCACCAGCCACGACCAAGCAUGUCCCGACUGCAAACAGACCAUCCCGAUUCACAACUGAGCUGGAGACAAGAGGAGACUCUAAAAGCUGUUUAAUAACAAUCCCGUCAUAUAACAGGCUGAAAUGCCUCGUCUUUCAGUCAUAAUCCUACCAGUAUCACCCCCUUGCUUCAGGUUGGGUUCUAGACCUGCUGAAUUAAUUGAAGCUGCUGCAGGAUAUCCACUUGAUAUCUUAAGUUAAGGUUUGCUUUCAAUGAAAAGAAAACCCUUUUCCAAGUUUUAGUUUGUAACCAUGUUCCUAUAGGAGUGUUAAUGAAUAUCAAUUUCCAUCAGAAUACGAUGUGAAGUUUUGAGUACUGGUGAUGUGAAAAGGGAAGAAAGCUUUCUGAGCAUGAUGUUUGACCUGAGAUGCUUCAGUGUGGCUGUGUGUGUAUGUUAAUUAUCUAUCUUUGGGAUGAAGGUCAUAACACUGUAAAGCACUUUCAUGUUUUAUUUAUUUUAUUUUAAAAUAAAAGUGUUCUAUUAACUUUCA